GCAUCUACGCCAAUUACUCUAUAAAUAAAUACUCGAUGCCCCCUCCUCCUAGCUUCAUUACUUCACAAACCAGCAAGAACACAUAAUAAAAGAAAAUGAUAAAAAUGGUGCUAAAGUUUGUCGUGACGGUGAUAGUGUUUGCACAAAUCUUAGCUCCAAUUGCUGAAGCUGCUCAAGGAAGAGCCGUCUUUUACGACCCUCCCUACACUAAGUCUGCUUGUUAUGGAAAUCAAUACGAAACGAUGGUGACUGGAGUCAGGAACAAUCUGUGGCAAGGAAGCCGAGCUUGUGGUCGGAGGUACAGGGUUCGGUGCAUUGGCCCUACGUACAACUUUCCAAGAGCGUGCACGGGACGUAGCGUAAUCGUCAAGGUAGUUGAUUUAUGCCGGGAGCCUUGCAAUGGCGACCUUAAUCUCUCUCGUGACGCUUUUAGGGUCAUUGCUAAUACUGAUGCCGGCAACGUCCGCGUCGAAUACACUCCGAUAUGAAGAAUAAGCAAAAGAAGGUGAAGAGUUGAUUUCAUGUGUAGUAUUCCAAUAAAUCGAGAGGAACUGAUGUAUUAUCUUUGCUAAAUGUUAUAUGUAUGGAUGGUCCUUGGUGAAAUCAUUGUACUUUUUUCCAUUGUGCUUCAAAUAAGAAUUCCACUAUUUCCUACUAAA